AUGUAUCCUGGGCGAUACCCCCCAGAGACACAGGUCAAGGUCUCGAAUGUCUGCGUCAAAUCUCUUCUCGGCGAUCGUAUAGAGGAGGUAUCCGAGUAUUACCAAAUUCUUCGGAGCAAUGGCAAGCACGGUCCGUUGCAGAGAUUGCGUCUACUCUUCUACCGACUUCCUGAGACUUUCGAGUAUCUACUCAAGCAAGAUUUCAGAUUCGCCGAGGCAAAGCUUGCCGAGCAAUCUGGAUGCGUAGACGACGCUGUCUACACAUCCAUGUUCGUCGAUCUUGUCUCAACGAUUCACCGACAUUUUGAAGAUAUUGCCAUGUCCACGUUCACUGCGCGACUCACGCCAGCAAUGCUUGCCAAGCAUAUAGAUGCGUUGCUGCGGAGAAAGGAUCAUCACGGGACCAGAGAUCUACAUACAGACAUAGACAACGCGAUGACACUAUUUAAAUUCGUUGACGAUAAAGAUCUCUUCCAGAUAUACUAUGCGACGCUGCUGGCGAGACGUCUCCUGCGCAGAAUCUCUGUGACAGACGAUAUUGAAGAGAGAAUGAUUGUCAAGUUUCAGGUUUUUUGUGGGGCUGAGUAUUGCCGCAGUUUCCGCGAAAUGCUGAUCGACUUGGAACUAAGUCAAGACCUUACUCGUGAGUUUCGUGCCUGGCAGCUGCAAGGAGGCGGUGAAUCGCCCUCGUUCCACGUCAAGUUGUUGAGCGCUAGACAUUGGACGUCCCUCAACGUACCAGAUAUGUCAUUCGGCAUUCCCCCAGAGAUCCUGCCACUGUACAACCGCUUCUCCACCUUUUACAGCCAAAAGCACCCCAAGCGCAGGCUGAUGUGGUUGUGGGAUCACUCGAUGACGGAACUUCAGACCAACUGCUUUGACAAGCGAUACAAGUUCUUGACUAAUCCGAUACAGAUGGUUAUGCUGCUGCAGUAUAAUGACCACGAAAUUCUCUCCGUGGAGGAACUGCGUCGUGCUACCUCAUUGUCGGCAGAUGUUAUCGACAGGAUGCUUCUUCUCUUCAUUGGUGCAAAUAUUGUGAAGUUGGAAGGGGAUCAUCAGUACCGACUGAAUUUUGGAUUUAAAUCAAAGAAAAUCUGCCUCAACUUGAUCUCUCGCCUCUCGCCGGCGAGUACUGAGACAGAAACGACCGAAAAACUGGUUGUCCAGGAGAACAUUGAGCUGCAUAGAAAGAACGCAAUUCAAGCCACAAUAGUCAGAAUAAUGAAAGCAAAGCAAGCUAUGAAAGGCCAGAUCUUGAUUCAGGAGGUUAUAGCACAACUUUCCAAGCGUUUUGUACCUCAGGUCGCAGACAUUAAAAAGGCAAUCGAUAUCCUCCUAGAAAAGGAAUACAUUGAGCGAAUGGAAGAAUCGAGUGACACCUUCGUAUACAUCACCUAA